AUGCACAUAAAAUUAUUCAAAAGCACAUUUCUUGGCUUUUUAUUUAUUCUAUUCACAUCUUUACAACUCAUACAAUGUGCGGUAUUGGGCAUUGACUUUGGUCAAGAGUACACCAAGGGCAGCUUGGUCGCCCCUGGAGCCCCGUUUGAAGUUAUCAUGACAUCUGAUUCAAAACGUAAGGACCUAUCUGGUAUUACAUUUAAAAAGGCUCCAGGAUCUGGCUCUGGGACUUUCGAACGUAUCUAUGGAAAUUCAGCUGCUGCGGUGAUUCAAAGAUUUCCUGCCACUUCACCGUUUUACUUAAAGCCUUUGUUGGGGCAGUCUUUAGAUUCACCUGCUGCUAAAUGGUAUAGCGAGCAAUUCCCAGCUGUAAAGUUAGUUCCAUCGAAUAACAAUAGAUCCACUAUCGCAAUCCAGAUAUUUGAUGAUAUUUAUUCAGUUGAAGAAAUAGUUGCCAUGUCCUUCAGUGAAAUCAAGGGAAGAGCCAGUAAGGUACUGACGCAAGCUUUAAGUGGAUCAUCCGGUUAUCUGAAGGACACUGCUCUUUCAGUUCCUCCUUACUACUCUAUCCAGCAAAGAAAGGCUCUUCAAGAUGCUGUCGAAAUUGCUGACUUGCGAUUGAUUUCUCUAGUGAACGAUGGUGCAGCUGUAGCUGCUAAUUUUGCUGCGUCGAGACAAUUUGAAAACGAUAAAAAAGAGCAUCAUAUCAUUUAUGAUAUUGGAGCUGGAUCGACCACUGCAACUUUGGUUGAGAUUUAUCAAGCUGAUUUGGUACCUGAAGGAAGCCCUUUCCCCAGAUCUCAUACUGUUAUUGAUGUCAUUGGCGUUGGUUAUGAUACAGAAUUGGGUGGACAUGUUCUUACACAAAGUGUACGAAACAUUUUGAUCGACAAGUUCCUUGAGGCCAACCCAAAGGUAAAGAGGAAUGAUCUAUUGAACGACCACCGAGCGUUAGCGAGGUUUUGGAGAGAGGCUGAGAGAGUCAAAUUUGUCCUUAGUGCCAAUUCAGAGACUCAGUCGUCAAUCGAAUCUGCAUACAAUGAUAUCUCUUUGAAAACUCAUGUUUCUAGAGUGGAGUUCGAAGAUGCCAAUCGUCAUCUAUUUGAUAAAGUUCCCGCUCCUAUUCUGGACGCAUUGAAUAACCCUCUUAAUAACUCAACCGAGGCUUUUGAUUUCUCAAAAGUAUCGUCGAUUAUCUUGACAGGUGGUUCCACCAGAAUUCCUAUUGUCCAACAAGAAUUAUUAUCAUUGAUCAACGCUAGAGAUCCAACAGAACAGGUUACUUUAGCAAAGAACGUUAAUGCCGAUGAAGCUGCUGUUCUUGGCACCGCUCUUCGGGGGGUUGGCAUCUCCAAAAUAUUUAGAUCCAAGGACAUGGCAGUGAUCGAUAGAGCGAUCUGGGACUAUAGUGCUGAAAUUGAUGGAGAAGUGGCCACUAUUUUCCCUAGAGGCACUCCUUUAGACAGUAAGUUCGUACUUCCAUUUGACUCAAGCAAGGAUGAUUUCAAACUUGUUCUUUAUGAAAAUGGAAAGGAAUUUGUGAGGCAUAACAUCAAUGGUGUUCAGUCUGCCAUCAAGCGAUUACUUAACGAUCCUCAUCGUGAAUGCAUCUCGAAUGUCAGUGUCGAAGCUGAAUUCCAUCUAAGUAACAGUAGAAUUGUCGAAUUGCUUGGAACUUACGCUAAAUGUGAGUCAAUCGAGAAAGUCGUCAGUACGGAGUCCUCCCAACAGUCUAGCACUUCUGAUAGUGCUGAUGUAGAAUCUAGUUCUGAAACAGAUAAUGCUUCAUCUGGAACAACUUCUUCUGCUACUACUGCCAGUGUUUCGCCCACGGCCAAGCCUCCUAAGGUUGUUAAGAAAUCUGUAUCAAUGACCAACUCUUUCGACGGACCCCGUCCAAUGGGAUCAGCAAGUAAACAAAGUGCUUUAUCCAGACUUCGAGCUCUGGAUCGACUCGAUGCAGAUCGUCUUUCAAGGGAAGAAGCUAGAAAUACUUUUGAAUCAAGAUUGUACAGAGUUCGUGAGCUUCUUGAGUCUGAGGAAUCUGCUCAACAAAAGCUUGCUGAGUUUGGUGAAUGGUUUGAUUACGAUAGUGAAAAGGCCUCGAUAAAAGUCUUGCAAGAGAAACUUGCUGAACUCAACGCGCUAGCAGAUUCGUAUAAUAAGGAGACCACAGUCCAGCAAAUAGAGUUACCGAAGGAAACUGGAUCGGUUGUGGAGCCCACUAUGGCUGGUCCUGAAAUAAUUCUCGAGCCACCAGUAGUUCAGGAACAACAGCCUUUUGAAAAUGAAAAGUUGGCAGAUGUUUAUCAAGGAAUCAAGGAAGUAGCUGAAAUGCUCGAUCAAUUGGGGAUUGACAUUCCCAACCGUGAGGCAGUUGCGCAGAUUCUUGGAGGGAGUACCGUACCUGAUUCCACUUCAAACUUGAAGGGAAUUGCAGAGUUGCUGCGGUCAAAACUCCAAGCGGCUAACCUAGAUGGAAGUGAACCCGCUGAUAGUGGGGACGUGGAAUCUCGUCUUAACGACCUGCGUCAUAUGAUUAAGAAGGCUGCUGAUAUCAUCAAGACUGAGUCUUCCGCUACCCCCUCUGUAUCCAUUAGCACAUCGCCUUCUCCUAAAAAUCCACAGCAUGACGAUUUGUAA